AUUGAUACUUUUAAUAGAUUUAAAAUUACUACCGGUACUUCAAACGAUAACUCUAAUGUGGUAUCGAUAUCUUAAAAUUAAUCGUCGGAGAAAAAUUUGGCGCUAAUGACUAGCUAAUAAAUUAAUAAAAGGUAGACAGUAAAGUAGUAGUAGUAAGAAAAAAAAUCCUAGAUAACUUCUAUUCGGUGUUCAACAAUCUAUGGCUCCUACAACUAAAUUAAAUUUAGUGGUCGCUGCUUGCAAUAACAUGGGCAUAGGAAUCGAAGGACGCCUUCCUUGGCGCCUGAAGCAAGAUAUGGCUUUCUUCAAGAAGGUUUGCAUUAUUUAUUUAUAAAACUAAAUCAUUUUGGUAUUAAACUAGAAAUUUUGGCUAUCCUAAAUUUUUAUUGCGCUUGGGCUUGAUGUGGCUUGACUAAUUCAUCAUAAGUCAUAAGGUAGUCAUAUUGCAGUUGCAUUUUAUUUAAUCCAGGACCAUUACUAAUUACUGAUUUUAAUGUCAUUAAUUGAAUUUCCAUCCAUUAUCAUCCCAAAAAGUUCAUUAAAAAAAAAAUCAAUUGAUGAUUAGGCCUGAGUGUACAAUUCACAAUAAAGGGAGUGUGACUGGGACAUGCAAAAGUUUGUGCAUGAAGAUGGUGCCAGCAUCAUCAUUUUUAAAUAAUUUAUUGGCCUUUUUCUUUAUAUUAAAAAAUAUUCAGACAGCUAAUUGACCCACUUCCCUUCAACCUAAUGAGCUGAAACUUGCCACAUUAUAUAGGCUUGUUGCCAGUAACACAUUCUUUCAAAUUUUCGGCCCAAACUUAAUCUUUGAAAAUCUGUUUUUUAAAAGGAAAUAUGAUGAAACUGAUUUCUCAAACUCAAAGUAAAAAAAUCCAGAUAACUGCGCCAAUAGAUAUUCUUUUAAAAAAUAUCACUAUUGCGUGUGGUGCAUAUUUUCUUUUGUUUUACUGAAAUAAAUCUGUGGUGUAAAAGCGGUUGUUAUUAGAAUAUAAUAUUAAUAUAUUUCAGCGGUGUGUAAAAUGUGAGUUUGUGAGGAGGAGCCUGUGGUGGGAACCAAAAAAAUAUAGUGUGUUGCUUGUGUGCAUGUUUUGACAAAUUUUCAGCUCCACCCCACAUAUUAUUAGAUUUUAUGAAGGAUUUAUAUGAAAAACUUUGUUUUUAGGGAUUGUUUAAUUUUAAUACAAAUUAAAAUUGUGUCUAAAUUUUUAAAUAUUGUUGAUAAAUACUUUAUGAAUUUAUGGGGAAGAGGGCACCUCAUAUUCAAGCUUUGUCGAAGCCUUAUUUUGCCUCGGGCACAGAUUUUUCUUGCCAUUGGCCCUGCCCCUGGGCUGGUCAGACUUUGAGCUCCACUUUACUGAGUCUGACUAGCCUGAGACUAUUCCUAUGAGUCCUAUGAUUCCUAUAAGUUCUAUUGCUGUAGUUAUAUUGAUAGCAGUAUUACCAGUCAUAGAACCAUCCACAAAUGAGUCAGCAUCUACUAGUACAUAGGUGUGGGGGUGGGGGACAGGCGUGUCUCAAAAUUGUGAUGAUGUAUUAGUAUUAUGAGGAUUUCCUAAUAUUUAUGAUGAGAUGUAUCCAGGUGGAUGUGCAAAGUCGAAGAAAAAAUAGCAUGAGAUUUAUGUGAGGCCCCUUUGAUACUCACCGCCUCUGGCUAAGCUCUUGCCAUCCUAAAUUAUUAUCUUUUUUAAGCUCUCUAGUGGGCCAAAAAAUGUUAGGAAUGAAAAUUUUGACUAACACAAUUUGAUCAAAAAAGUUUUAAGGAGAGGGCAAAAAAUGAAAUAAGUACAAAGACUCCAAUAGGUAGAUUCCACUAUAGCAUUUGUUUCCAACUGUAUUUCUAAACAAAAUGAAUUAAUUGCAUUUUAAUUAUUUUUUAAUAACAUGAUAAGCUUUGUAAUAAUAAUUUUAAAAAAUCUAAAUAGUAAUAUGAUUAAGUUUUGCUUAAUUUAGAGGGGGGGGGGGGAGCUAGUUCAUUUUUUGCCCACCGCUAGCCCCUCUUCUUCUCACAGGCAUGAACUUUUGCACUGUUGCCAAGCUAACCUUGUAUUCCAGUUAAGAAAAAUUUAAGUAUAAAAACUAUAUGCCAAGACUCACAAUUUUAAUUUUUGCUUAAUUUGGAGGGGGGGGGGGAGCUAGUUCAUUUUUUGCCCACCGCUAGCCCCUCUUCUUCUCACAGGCCUGAACUUUUGCACUGUUGCCAAGCUAACCUUGUAUUCCAGUUAAGAAAAAUUUAAGUAUAAAAACUAUAUGCCAAGACUCACAAUUCUAAGUUAAUACAAAUCAUUUUGUAAAUUAUAGCCUAAGUUCUUUUCUGCAGAUUACCUCAACAACACAAAAUGCUGAGAAGAAAAAUAUGGUUGUCAUGGGCAAGAGGACUUGGCUUUCCAUUCCACAGAAUUUUCGUCCCCUACCAGGGAGAGUAAAUGUUGUGUUGAGUUCACAGUUAACAGAAGUACCUGAAGGUGUCCACAUUGCCAGAAACUUGAAUCAAGCACUAUCUUUGGCAGAUACUCUUGCUGUUCAACAUGUGUUUAUAAUUGGAGGUGCAUCCGUCUACAAGGAAGCUAUGGAAGCACCAAACCCAUGCAGGAUUUACUUGACACGCAUUUAUCAUGAUUUUGUUUGUGACACAUUCUUGCCAGAUAUUAAUUUAAACCAGUUUAUUAAAGUUUCAGAUCCAGAAAAUGUUCCGAUAGAAGACUUUGAAGAAAAUGAAAUAAAAUUUAGCAUUGAAGUUUAUGAUAAAAAAUAAUAAUUUAUGAAAUCGGAAUUAAGUUUAUCAUUACAUUGAGAGAAAAAAAUGUGUGACUCAAUUUUUAACCAUAUUGCUUUAUCAUUUCUUCAUUGCAAAAUUAUUUUUAUAAAUGAAAAUAGAUAUUGUUGGUUAAAUAAAUAUUUGUUUUAAACUUGGGAAGUUCUUGAAAACUGCAGGCCUCAUAGAAUCAUGAACUGUCAUGAUCAUCCAUCCCCUCAACCACUGAAUAAAACAGGGCAGCACAGAAAAACUGUUAGAGCGGCAAAAUUGUAAGAGCCACCAUGAAUCAUGAAUGCCCUCACCAAACAACUGUUUUCUCAUUGAUAUAAAAGUUAUAAAUGUGUAUGACCAUCCAAAUUGAUCACCUUCCAUGAGAAAUCCAUGUAGACAAUUGAUCUCAAACUCAGAGAAUCCUAAGAAUCUAUUUCAAAAACCCACAGGCUGCUUUAAACCUUGCCAAAUCCUACUUAUGGAUUUUCUAUUAUUAGUAUUAUUUCUGUAAGUAACAUUCAUUACCCGGUAUUUUGAUGUUAUUUGGGGAAGAGUUUAGAGCUUAGAAUGCAGCUUAUUGGUUGUUAAUAAUGACCUCUGCUGUUGAAUAUUGUCUGUAGACAAAUUUCUAAUUUGAGUUAUUGAUAAUAUAACUUAUCUCAAGUCUCCAUUCUUCUUAACAAUUUAUAUGCAGUUUAUUCUCCCUGAAAUUAAUUAUUAUUGCUAUACAAAAUUUUGUAACAGUAACAGCUUAAACAAGAAAAUUAAUAUAAAUGCAUGAUUUUUAGAUUUUUUGUGUGUAUAUCUUUUAAGAAUAUGUAUAGUGUUUUAUCAGGCACUGCUAUAAUUUGCCAGUGGUUUUUAAAUUAAAUGUACACUAUUUUUUAAUGUAAAUUGUAAUGCAUUUCAGAGAUCAUAAAUUUUUUUUUUUGAUGUCUACAGCAGUGGUUCUCAACCUUGCUAAUGCUGCAAUCCCUUUAAUACAGUUCUUCAUGUUGUGGUAACCCCAACAAUAAAAUUAUUUUCGUUGCUACUUCAUAAAUGUGUUUUCCCUGUGGGUCGUUCAACCCCAGGGAUGGCGCGACCCGCAUGUUGAGAACCGCUGGUCUACAUGCUUGAUAUAAUUAGAUUGUAACUAAAAGAUAUGUUUCUCCUUGAAAUAACCUUGUUAUUUUGUUUAUUUGUCAUGUUAAUUAAUAAAACUUAGAAAUGUAAUUGUGCUACAGUAAGUUUACUAAGUUAACACUCAAAUAUAUACCCGGUACCUAAG